AUGUUGAGUUUCCUUACCGUCAGUACACAACCACGUAAUAAAAACUUCUCUUUUAAAUCUUCCAAUAGAUUAUUUGUUUAUAACGAAAUAUCAAGGUUGGUAAAUAAUGGAUUUUCAAAUGUUAAAAUUGUUCAGUCAAUGUUGAAAGAUUUUGUUGAACGUUCACAUUCAAAACCAUCAAUUUUGUCACGAGCAUUUUACCCUGAUGAACGAACAAUCAGAAAUUUUAUUAUAAAAUUCACAUAUCAAAAACAUCAAAGCAAAAUUGAUCAAAAUGCUCUUCAAAUUAAAAUUGAACAAUGGAAAAUAUCCGAACCAAAAGAUAAUUUUUAUUUUCGGUCAUUUAGUGAAGAGGAUGGAAUUAUAAAGCAAUUACUUUUUCGUCAGAAAACGGAAUGGCAAAGAUACUUACUUAAUCGGUAUGCUAAUGUAUGUUUUCUUGACGCAACAUACAAAACUACAAAAUAUGCACUUCCAUUAUUCCUCCUUGUUGUAAAAACCAAGGUUAACUAUUCUGUUGUUGCUCCAUUUUUUGUUCAAUGUGAAGAUUCAAAAUCUAUUGAAGAAGGUUUAACAAUAAUUAAAUCAUGGAAUACGACGUGGUCUCGUCAAUAUUUCGUAACAGAUUACUGCGAAGCAGAAUAUAAUGCAAUUACCAUUUUACAUAUGUGA